AUGCCCUCCAUACUCAGUGACGCCGACAAGGAGACUGUUAAGCGGAAUGUCCCUAAACCGGCCAACAAGAUCCUCGCCGUAGCUGUCGCGCGACUUUACGUCGCCUACCCGGAUGGACAGAAAUGGACAUAUACCGGAAUUCAAGGGGCUGCUGUCCUCUGCAAUGACCUUGUUGGGAGGACUUUUUGGCUUAAAAUAGUCGAUGUCUCGCUUGUCCCGCCGGCCUGUCCUUUGUCGACGAAAAAGGAGGCCAAGACCUUUAUCAAGAAGGUGCAUGAGCGCGAGAAACAUGCCAGCAAAGAGACCAGCAAGACUCCUUUCGCAUCUACUCGAGGCCAGGGACCUGCUCCUGUUACCAAUGGGAAAGUAGGACGGUCUUUGUUUGGCAGCUUGUUGCAUCGUUCGAGCCCAGCUCCAAGUGCACCACCGCCGACAGCACCUGCGCCUUCAAUACAGGUUGCUCCUCCACCUCCGACGCUGUCCCCAAGCGCGCCACCGGCUAAGCCAGAUUUACCGUUUGACACGAGUGACCCCUCUUGGAAAGGACUACUUGAUGAGCUCAAGGGGAUGGGAAUUACCGAAGACCAGAUCGCCGAGAAUUCUGAAUUCAUCAAAGCUUGGAUUGACCAGAAGCAGGCGGCGGCGGGCGAGUCUGCUCCUGCUGAAGAUCAGAAUAAGCCGAAGGCAGCUCCUCCACCGCCACCCUCUGCACCCCCAGCUCCGAAAGUGACCUCGAUCAGUCCUCAAGACACGGGUUCAAGCUCAACAAGCAGACGGGGACCGCCGCCGCCCCCUCCUCUCCCUCCCCCUCGUGAGCCAUCUCCGCCUGCGCGAAGAUUCAAUGCGCCGCCUCCACUUCCAGACGCAGGCAAGUUCGCUGAGCCUGCUGGCCCUGUACCCCCGCGGCGUCCACGCGCAACUUCGAACGUCAAUGCUGGGCCUCCGCCGCCCCCGCGACCACCAAAGACACCGAUGGAUGAUAGUCAUAAUGUUCAAUCGAGUCAAUCUCGAUUUGGAGUACCACCACCUUUCUCUGGUGAUCGCAAGGUGUCUGCGCCACCGGCACCCCCCAGCCGUAGCCCUGCACCAGGGGGCCCUCCCCCUCCGCCGCCUCGCACAGCGAGCCCAGCAGCACCACCUCAACUGCCGCCCAAAGUGCCGCCUAUGAGCACUACAACCGGACCUCCUCCACCCGCCAGAGGCCCCGUUUCACCCCCACUUCCACCCCCACCAGCGCCUCGACCCGUGCCAGCUGCACCGUCUUCUCCCGCAGCUCCUCCUCCACCUCCGCCAAGAGGACCAGUAUCGCCUCCCCCCGCCCCGCCCUCGGCACCUACGUAUUCUCCUAGCGUCCCUCCGCCCCCUCCCCCGCCUGGCGCUGCAGCACCAGGUGGCCCCCCCCCCCCCUCCGCCUCCGGGCCGUGGUGGCCCAUCAAUGCCUCCCCCUCCCCCCUCCUCCGGCGCCUGCUUCGCGGGCACCAGGUGGACUACCGCCGCCACCUCCACCACCUGGGGCGCCUGGAAGUGCCCACCGGAGGGCGUGACGAUCUGCUAGCGUCCAUCCGGGCUUCGGGUGGCUCCGGAGGCGGAGGCUUGCGCAAGGUCAAGGAUACGGAAAAGAACGAUCGAAGUAAAGCCAUGGUACCCGGUGGUGCUAAUGAGUCUUCAGCUACAAGCCCCAAUGCAGGAGGCGCCCCGCAAGGUGGUUUGGCCGGCGCAUUGCAAGAUGCUCUCAACAAGCGAAAACAGAGAGUCAGCGGAAGUGAUGACGAGAAAGACAACGACGACGAUUGGUGAACAGUUACUUUUCGGUGGGAUUGUUCAAGUAUUCCAAGAUACCAAUGGCUUUUGCGCAUUACUGCGAGC